GCCAAGUGGCAGCGCCUGGCCUCACAGGGCCGUGCNNNUCUGGACAUGUUUGAGCACAUCAGCCUCAUGACCUUGGACAGUCUGCAGAAAUGUGUCUUCAGCUUCGACAGCAACUGUCAGGAGAAGCCCAGUGAGUAUAUUGCUGCCAUCUUGGAGCUCAGCGCCCUUGUGGCAAAAAGGCAACAGCAUCCCGUCCUGCACGUGGACCUCCUGUACUAUCUCACUGCCGACGGGCGGCGCUUCCUCAGGGACUGUCGCCUGGUGCACGACUUCACAGACGCCGUCAUCCAGGAGAGGCGCCGCACCCUCCCCGAUCAGGGUGUUGAUGAUUUCCUCAAGGCCAAGGCCAAGACCAAGACUUUGGACUUCAUUGAUGUGCUCCUGCUGAGCAAGGAAGAAAAUGGGAAGGAGCUGUCAGAUGAAGAUAUAAGAGCGGAGGCUGACACCUUCAUGUUUGAGGGUGAGGGUCACAGUGUGGGACUACAGAACUGCAUCGGGCAGACGUUCGCCAUGGCCGAGAUGAAGGUGACCCUGGCGCUCACGCUGCUGCGCUUCCGCGUCCUGCCCGACGACGAGGAGCCUCGCAGGAAACCGGAGCUGAUCCUGCGCGCUGAGGGCGGACUCUGGCUGAGGGUGGAGCCGCUGAGCGCGGGCCCGCAGUGA